AUGGUUCUAAUAAAUUCAAAUAAAGAGUUAUUAGAACAUCCUUUGAGAGAAUACAUAACCAAUUUGUAUCUUAAUUCAAACGAACGGAUAGAACCAAAAUAUUUAAUCCCAGAAAGUGUUACAAAUUUAGUAUUUGGUCGAAAAUUUAAUCAAGAGAUCAGGGAAAAUGAAUUACCAGAAUCUUUAAUAGAAUUAUCAUUACACCAUUAUAAUAGACCUUUGGUUAAAGGACUUUUUAGUGAUUCGAUUAGAGUUUUAAAACUAGUAUUUUUUAAUCAGCCAUUUCAACCAUUUCAAUUACCACCUUUUAUUACCUUUUUAGAAUUAAGAGACUUUGACUGCCAAUUACCCAAUUUACCAAAUACAAUUACAACUUUAAAAUUAGAUAGGUUCAAUAAGCAGCUUUCACCAAACCAAAUACCAAUGUCAUGCACACAUUUAGAACUAAAAGAUUAUAACUUACCACUACGCGAUAAUGAUAUACCAUCAUCAGUUAAAACUCUUGUUUUUGGUAACUUUAAUCAAACUUUAGUUAAGGGUUCUAUUCCUUCAUCUGUUGAGGUAUUAUCUCUUGGAUUAAAAUUUAAUCAAGAUCUAAUCAAAGACGAAUCGAUUCCAAGCUCUGUUAAAGUUUUAGAACUAUCCACAGAUUAUAACAAACCUUUAAUUGUUGGUGUAAUUCCAUCCAGUGUUCAUACUCUUAUAUGUGGUAAUUUCAAUCAACCCUUAGAAGAAAAUCAAAUCUCCCCAUCAAUUAAAACACUUAUAUUGGGUCACAGGUUUAAAAAAAUUUUAAAAGAAAAGGAUAUACCAGCAUCAGUAACAGAUCUACACCUUGGAGGUAGUAGAUUCGAUAAAGAAAUUAAAGCAGGCGAUAUUCCAUCAUCAGUAAUAAAUCUAAACUUUGGUGAUCUAUUUAACCAAAGGAUAUCAGAAGGUGUAUUACCAUCAUCCAUAAAAUCAUUUUCAAUGGGAAAAAGCUACGACCAUCCUCUGGAGGGCUCUAUUCCAAACCAUUGCGAAUCAUUAGUUCUGCCUGAUCAUUUCACACAUACAAUAAAAAAAAAUGAUAUACCUAAUAGUGUUACCUCUUUAACCUUUGGAUCUUUUUUUAUCAAGCCAAUUACAUCAAGUCUUAUGCCCACUAGCCUCACAUCCAUAUAUUUUGGUUUAAGAUUCAAUAAACCUAUAUCUCCAGGUAUUUUUAAUCAGGGUAUUGAGACUAUAAUGUUAGGUGAAAAUUUUAACAAGCCAAUAGAAAAUGGUACAUUUCCAUCAUCAACAAAGGCCAUUAGUUUUGGUGCAAGUUUUAACCAAAGUAUUUCAGAAGGGUUAUUUAAUGAAGGUUUGGAAAUAUUAGAAUUUGGCAGUAGAUUUGUUCAAGAGAUUUCAGCUAAUGUUUUACCAUCUACUUUAAAAAAACUUGUUUUUAAAAAUGAUGAAAUGAAUCAAAUAAUCCAGGAAUUGGAUUUACCAACAACUUUAGAAAUUACAUUCGAAAUAGACGAAUAUGAUUUUCCAGAGAUUUCAGAUGAUGAUUUUGAAGUACAUGAAGAAGAAUACAAUGAUGAUGACUAUGAAGAUAUGAGUAAUUUUAGUGAAGGUGAUGAUGAAAGUGAUGAAGAUGACGAAGAAGGUGAUGAAGAAAGUGGUGAAGAAGGUGAUGUAGAAGGUGAUGUAGAAGGUAAUGUAGAAGGUGAUGUAGAAGGUGAUAUAGAAGGUGAUGUAGAAGGUGAUGUAGAAGGUGAUGUAGAAGGUGAAGAAGAUGUUAAUAAUUAACUUUAAACAAAUUAGACUGUAAAGAAAAAAAUAUUUGUAAAAACAAAACAAAACAAAAAUAAAUAAAUAAAAAAAUAAAUUUAUAAAUAAAAAAAUAAAGUUUUAUUCGUUAUAUAUU